CCCGGGCCACCCUCUGGACUCUCAUGCCCGGCCGCCCCGCCCAGGGCUCCGGAGGGGCUGGCGGCACCUUGGCGGUGUGUGGGUGUCACUGGCAUGUGGACAGGCAGCCUCCUCCUGCUGCCCUGCCCAGUGGGAGUCGUGACUCCAGCUUCCUGAGCCCCCCCCCAGGUGGGUGGAAGGGGAUGCCGUUUCCCCGCCUCCAGCCCUGGUGCUGUCUGUUGGGACAGGGGACCAAGGCUUUUUCCCUUGAGGUGACAGCGUGUGGGGGGACAGGCCUGCACUGCGUUGUUUUUCCCAGAAGGUGCCGCUGAAGGAGGGAGAUUUUGGAUGACCUAGUUUUGGGGGGUGGGGGGACAGGAACGAGGACUGGACCUUGGAUGGCUGACCCUCUUAUCCAGUCCUGGCAUGGUGCUGGGAGGUGGUCAGAGUCUGCGGAGUCCCGCUUCCGAUGGGCUUGGGGGCACCAGAGCAGGCCCAGGGUGGAUGCCCCUGCCACCUGGCCGUCAGGGCUCUCCCUGGGACCGGCCACCAGGAGUUCCGGCGUCCAACUUCAUUGAGGGGCGGACCCAGAGCAGUCCAGCCCCUCCCUGGACCAGGGCCUCAAAUACCCUCCUGAGCCCUGGCACCAGAACUGCUGCCCCACCAAGCGAGGAGUCUGUGUUGUGCCACAGACACACCCCCGGCCUGGAUCUCUGACCUAGAUCCUGAGCCUCGGCUGCCGCCCCAUCCGCAUCCCAGGUGAGUGAUGGAGCCGGCCUGUGUGGGGGUGCGGUGGCUGGGGAGGACUGGGCUGACCAGGGGCUGGAUGGGAAUGGGGUGCUUGUAUUUGGGGCUCAGUUUCCCUACGAUGGAGAAGGGCCACGGUAAGCCUAGUGCACCACUGGGAGACAUGGAGACGCAGGGAACCUCUGUGUCAAGCGUUCUCACCGGCCCCCGUGGCCCCGGGGCUGGGGCGGAGAGGGGCGGCUUGGUGUGUCUGACUCCAGAUUCGAGCUCAGGAGCGUCUCUGUCACUCCCAGCCGCCCGCUCCGCGCCAUGGUGGGUUCCGCGCCCUAAUGGCCGCGCUCUGGGCGCUGGGGGCCGCCGGGGCCGCGGCGCUGCGCAUCGGAGCCUUCAACAUCCAGAGCUUUGGCGAACAGCAAAGUGCGGACCCAGCCUGCGGCGGUGUCAUUGCGCAAAUCGUGGCUGGCUAUGACAUCACGCUGGUGCAGGAGGUGCGACCCGACCUGAGCGCCGUGUCCGCGCUCAUGGAGCAGAUCAACAGCGUGUCCAGGCACGAGUACAGCUUCGUGAGCAGCGAGCCCCUGGGUCGGGACCAGUACAAAGAAAUGUACCUGUUCGUCUACAGGAAGGACGCGGUGUCGGUGGUGGACACGUACCAGUACCCGGACCCGGAGGACGCCUUCAGCCGUGAACCUUUCGUGGUCAAGUUCUCCGCCCCCGGCUCGGCUGCCGGGGAGCUCGUGCUGAUCCCGCUGCACGCGGCGCCGCACCAGGCCGUGGCGGAGAUCGACGCUCUCUACGACGUGUACCUGGACGUGAUCGACAAAUGGGGCACCGACGACUUGCUGUUCUUGGGCGACUUCAAUGCGGACUGCAGCUACGUGAGGGCGCAGGACUGGCCGGCAAUCCGCCUGCGCAGUAGCGAGGUCUUCAAGUGGCUCAUCCCGGACAGCGCGGACACCACGGUGGGCAACUCGGACUGCGCCUACGGCAUCGUGGUGUGCGGCCGCCUGCGCAGGAGCCUGAAGCCCCAGUCGGCCGCUGUGCACGACUUCCAGGAGGAGUUCGGCCUGGACCAGACUCAGGCCCUUGCCAUCAGUGACCAUUUUCCUGUGGAGGUGACCCUGAAGUCCCACUGAAAACCUUCAAGGCCUGGUCAGGGCACGCUGCCUCCAGACUCCACCUGAGGAGGACUCUGGCCCCCACAGAUCUCCUUCCGGAUGGCUGGCCAAGCCCCAGCAAGCUGUGGGGCAGGGCUGGCUGGACAAGAGCUGUGGACACAUCACAGGCCCAUCAGCCUGUCUCCCCAUCUGUAAAAUGGGCUGCGACAUCUAUCUCCUCCUUGUGAGGAGCACCUACAGGGCGCCGGGCGCGUGGCUGUGCUCAAUAAACGGGAGUGAGCGCUUAGCCAGGACCACACACUGGUCGGCUUCAAGGCCUCCGUGUCCUUUCUUAGGACUCCACCCCUGUGAGGCCCAGACUUUGGUGCUGUAGCCCAGUGGGUCCCAGGUCCCAGCCCCCUAGGGGAACAGGGAUGGCCCGGCCCACCCGUGUCACACCCUGCUGGGAACUGACGCCCUCCAGACCAGGCUCUAGAAUGCAGCUCCCGAGUGUGCUUGCUUUCCCUCCGUGCCAACUGUAAAUGCGUCCGAGGACUCGUGCUGAGCGCAGCUGGGGACACACACACAUGCGGGCAGUGCUGACAGGGCCAACCUCACAGUCCCUGCUGCCCUCUCUCUCCCUCAGGGGCGAGCAGACUGGAGGCCUCACCCAGGCGGGGCGGGUUCCUUCUCAGGAGCCCUGGGCUGGACAAGGACUUGGGGAGAACUGUGGCCUGUGUCCCGGGGAAGCCCAUCACCUGAGGAUCGGGAACGAGCAUGAAUGGGGGACAGGGUGUGACUGACAGGCCCAGGGAGGUUGCUGGUUUGGGAAACAUCUCACGUUUGGCAACUUUGGGAACUGGCCUGAACUGUGUGGAGGACAUACGUUUGCUUCAAGAGCCCGCGUGACUUUUUCUCAGGUCACCUUCCUAAAGUAAGGCAGGGGCUCUUGUGGCACAGACGGGCUCACCCCUCCCUGCUUCCCAAGCACCCGGUCUCUGAACCUUUGUGCCCCCUCCAUGUAAACAGGCAGAUGGGGUGGCCAGAGUGCUUUCCUCUGGGGGUCCCGUGCGGCUCACCGGCCCACACCGGGCUGGUCACGUGCCCCUAGCAGUCAGGUGGCCGGGCAGCCAGUUAUGGGACAACGUGAGGACUUUAUUCACAUUCUGCUCGGGGAAAGGGGACAUUCAGCAGCGAUGUCGCUGAAUCCUGCACUGCCCUCCUGCCAGUUCACGAUUCCCCAACAGAGAUGCCGCCCCCGAUCCCGCCGUGCCCACUUGCCAGGCGGAAAAGGCGCUCUUGGGGGGCAGUGGCCUUGGGAUACUAGCUACCAGGAACAGACCAGUGAGACCAAGAGCUGAAAGUACCUUGAAAUCGGAAAAUACCUUGCU